AUGCUGAGCAUUGAUAUCAAGGUUGCCAUCACCGUUUUGCAGGUAGUAGUAACAAUAAAUUUAGAACGGGAAAAUGGGUUGAGAUUCAAACUAAGGGGCAAAGGGGUUGAUGAAGACCCAAAGGGGAUCCUGGGCUUUGAUGAAACAACCCGAUCCGUCAUUGUGUAUGGAUCAAUAGAUUACGAGGAACACCAGGCUCUGAAUCUAACAAUUGAAGCUACAAUUGAUGCCACUAAUGUGAAGUAUGCACAACUUGGAAUUGAGAUCAUUAUAUUGAACAUAAAUGACAACCCACCAAGAUUCCAGUGGGAACGUUAUGAAACAACCAUUAAAGAAUCAAUGGUUCAAGGUGUGUUCUGUAUCCCCCUCUACGUUCCCUACAUGCUGACAGGGCGAUGGACGUUUGGGAAGACACUUUGUAAACUGUGGCUGGUGAUGGAUUAUCUGAUGUGCACGUCUUCUGUAUUCAACAUCGUGCUCAUCAGUUAUGACCGCUUUCUAUCUGUCACAGACGCCGUCACAUACAGAACCCAGCAAGGCAAGACUUCCCAGGCUAUUACCAAAAUGGCAAUGGGCUGGCUUCUGGCAUUUCUGUUAUAUGGUCCUGCCAUCAUUGCUUGGGAGCACAUUGCUGGUUACAGCCUUCUUGAAAAAGAGCAGUGCUACCCCGAGUUCUACUUCAACUGGUAUUUUCUAAUCACAGCAUCCACUGUGGAGUUCUUUAUGCCCUUCAUCAGCGUUACUUUCUUCAACCUGUGCAUCUAUCUUAACAUCCAUCGUCGUGCCUGCUCUCGCAGAAAGUUAGUGAAGGAGAUGAAUGAAGUACGUAGGCAACCUAAAAGAGCCAGCCUGUACCAGCUCUUCCAAUCAGUGAUGUUUGUGGGCCUGGAGGGCAGAACAGAGCUGCUCAAGCCCAGUACCAUGGCACUUCGAGGCCAAGACACCACGAAGAAUGAUGAUGGCAAGACCUCUCAGACAGCACCUUCCAAUGAAAGCUGGAUUAAAACUGUGCCACAGAUGUAUGGCCAGAGAUCCAGGUUGCUUAAGGAUAAAAAAGUUGCCAAAUCUCUGGCCAUUAUUGUCUGUACAUUUGGGGUUUGCUGGGCUCCAUAUACUUUGCUGAUGAUCAUUCGAGCAGCUUUUAAUGAUGACUGUGUCCCCAGGUUUUGCUAUGAAGUUACCUUCUGGUUGCUGUGGGUCAAUUCUGCUAUAAAUCCUUUCCUGUAUCCGCUUUGCCACAAAGCCUUCAGAAAGGCCUUUACAAAACUGCUGUGUCCAAAGGAGUUCAAUGUUUAGCCCUGGUAAGGAUUUAACGCUUCAAAACAAUACAUGGUAGAACUGGCCAUUCACAAUAAUAAAUUAGAAAAAGCAGUUGAGACAAGCCAGGUUCUGGACAUUUUGCAGCAAACAUAAUUUGUUUUCCCCAAAAUGAACUGAUAGCAUAAAUGCUUUCAACAACACGUAGAUGUUAUUUAAAAAAUAUAUAUUUAUUUCCUUUUACAUUGUACAUUUUACAUUGUGUCUCUAGUACUGUACAGUGUGUAUUUCAAAUGCAUGUGUGUAAAGGGUCCAGAGGGUGUCUGGUUUUAGUAUCAAAGUGUUAACUUUCUUGUGUAGGAGUAUUGUGUAGGAAAAGUCUUGUUUUCCCAUAUAAAUGUUUGCAUAAAUAGUCCACAAAAAAUAAAGAAGACAUACUGUCACGGACGUCCAAAGGGACUAACCG